AUGCCUUCGUCAAUAUCUGUCAAGUUGGUGGCCGCAGAGUCAUUGUACAAGAGGGAUGUGUUUCGUUCUCCGGAUCCAUUUGCCGUUUUGACCAUUGAUGGUUACCAAACUAAAUCCACUUCUGCAGCGAAGAAAACGCUAAAUCCCUACUGGAAUGAAACCUUUAAAUUUGAUGACAUCAAUGAAAACUCAAUUUUGACCAUUCAAGUGUUUGACCAGAAGAAAUUCAAAAAAAAGGAUCAAGGUUUUCUUGGUGUCGUUAAUGUUCGUGUAGGUGACGUUUUAGGUCAUUUGGACGAAGAUACCGCUACAUCGAGUGGUAGAUCUCGUGAAGAGACCAUUACCCGUGAUUUAAAAAAAUCUAACGACGGAAUGGCUGUCAGCGGUAGAUUGAUUGUUGUUCUAUCGAAACAACCUUCAUCAACCACACAUUCACAAACUGUUUCUGGCCAUGCAGCAUCUUCUGGUACAGGCGCAAGCGCCACAACCCGAGCCAAUGGUCAUACCUCGACCUCUAGCCGUAACCAUUCGUCUUCUCACGCCUCAAGAGGUACCGCACAAGCGGUAGAAUCAACUUUACAAAGUGGUACCACAGUUGCCGCUAAUACGGCAGCUACAAAUCACCGUCCUACCAAUUCCACUUCUAGUGGUACAAGACAAUACUCUUCGUUUGAAGACCAAUAUGGUCGUUUACCACCUGGCUGGGAAAGAAGGACUGAUAAUUUUGGCCGCACGUACUACGUCGAUCAUAACACCAGAACUACCACCUGGAAACGGCCAACACUCGAUCAAACAGAAGCUGAACGUGGAAAUCAAAUGAAUGCGAACACCGAAUUGGAAAGAAGGCAGCAUAGAGGACGAACUUUACCUGGCGGAUCCUCAGACAAUUCUUCCGUAACGGUUCAAGUUGGAGGCAGUACAAAUAUCCCCCCUGUUAACGGUGCAGCAGCUGCAGCGUUUGCUGCUACAGGUGGCACCACAUCAGGUUUAGGUGAACUACCUUCAGGUUGGGAACAGCGAUUUACUCCAGAAGGUAGAGCUUAUUUCGUCGAUCAUAAUACCAGGACAACCACUUGGGUGGAUCCAAGAAGACAACAGUAUAUACGUACUUAUGGUCCUACAAACACUACCAUUCAACAGCAACCCGUGUCCCAAUUAGGUCCUUUACCUUCUGGAUGGGAAAUGAGAUUGACGAAUACCGCCCGUGUAUAUUUUGUUGACCAUAAUACAAAAACGACGACAUGGGAUGACCCAAGACUACCAUCAUCGUUAGAUCAAAAUGUCCCUCAAUAUAAGCGUGAUUUCAGGCGUAAGGUCAUCUAUUUCAGAUCUCAACCGGCUCUUAGAAUAUUACCGGGACAAUGUCAUAUCAAAGUGCGUAGAAAGAACAUUUUCGAAGAUGCCUAUCAAGAAAUCAUGAGGCAAACUCCAGAAGAUCUAAAGAAAAGAUUGAUGAUUAAAUUUGAUGGUGAAGAAGGUUUAGAUUAUGGUGGUGUCUCCAGAGAAUUUUUCUUUUUAUUAUCUCACGAGAUGUUUAACCCAUUUUACUGUCUAUUCGAAUAUUCUGCUUAUGACAACUAUACCAUUCAAAUAAACCCCAACAGUGGUAUUAAUCCAGAACAUUUGAACUAUUUUAAGUUCAUUGGUAGAGUUGUUGGCCUUGGUGUUUUCCAUAGAAGAUUUUUGGAUGCAUUCUUUGUCGGUGCACUCUACAAGAUGAUGCUACGUAAAAAAGUCGUGUUGCAAGAUAUGGAGGGUGUUGACGCUGAAGUGUAUAACUCAUUAAACUGGAUGCUUGAGAAUAGUAUAGAUGGCGUUUUAGAUCUAACGUUUAGUGCCGACGAUGAAAGAUUCGGUGAAGUCGUAACAGUGGAUUUGAAGCCGGAUGGGAGAAAUAUUGAAGUUACUGAUGGCAAUAAGAAAGAAUAUGUCGAAUUAUAUACACAAUGGAGGAUUGUUGAUAGAGUACAGGAACAGUUCAAGGCAUUCAUGGAUGGUUUCAACGAACUAAUCCCUGAAGACUUGGUGACGGUGUUUGAUGAACGUGAACUAGAAUUGUUGAUUGGUGGCAUUGCAGAGAUUGAUAUUGAAGAUUGGAAGAAACAUACUGAUUACCGUGGCUACCAAGAGUCAGAUGAAGUGAUUCAAUGGUUUUGGAAAUGCGUCAGUGAAUGGGAUAAUGAACAAAGAGCCCGUUUACUACAAUUCACCACAGGUACUUCUCGUAUACCUGUUAAUGGGUUCAAAGAUUUGCAAGGUUCCGAUGGUCCAAGAAGAUUUACUAUUGAAAAAGCUGGUGAAGUACAGCAAUUACCAAAAUCUCAUACAUGUUUCAACAGAGUUGAUCUACCACAAUAUGUUGAUUAUGACAGCAUGAAACAGAAGUUAACAUUGGCCGUGGAAGAAACUAUAGGUUUUGGCCAGGAGUGA